AACCCUGCAACUUGUUAUUUUUUCUUAAGUUCUCGUUCUCUUUAAUUCACCAAUUUAUAAUCAAUGAAUAGAUUAAAAUGUUUUAAUCACAAAUAAUAAAAUGGGUUCAAUACCAGGAAUAGCAAUAGUGAGUUGCAGCCAGACAAGGCCAAAAUCGCUGAUUAAAUUGAUAUCAAAGACUCAGGAUAUCCAAGAAAGUAGUGACCAACCCGGUUGUUUACAACACCCCUGGAAUAUUGAUACUAAGUAUUAUACUGCUCAAGUAAACCUUUUAGGAAUAGAAACAACGGAAAUAGAGAAAGAUGAAGACUUCCUUAGUCGCAUUGAGGCUCUAAUCAUCCACAUGGAUUCUAACAGCAAAACUGGCCUGGAUGAUCUAAAAAAGUGGGAGUUCCUUGGAGAUGUAUGGAAUGUAGAUGUUAAGUUACUCUUAGCAAAUUAUUGUACAGAUAAUACGAAUAUAACAAAGAGUCAAGCUUUAGAAUGGUGCUUAAAGAUGGGGUUUGAGUUUAUUGAGUUGUAUCCCACAAUCCAAAAGUCAGACCAUGAGGAUGAUAUAGUUACUGAGAAAUUUGGUGUCGAUAGGGUUAUUGAAGCCUUACACUCUCAUACAUGGUCGAAUUUAUUAAUGAAGGAAAGAAAAAAACCAAAGCCCAUAGUUAGCAACAUUGGAAAAGAUACACAGGAAGAACAUGCUACAAUAUUCUCAAAUGACAACUUAGACGAUUUCACAGAUCUGUUUUCUCAACUUCAGACUAUGAAAGAUAGUUUACAAGGUAUGCCAGUAAAUCAAAGAAAACAAUGUGCUGAGCAAAUGGUCACAGCUUUCUGGAAAGCUAUUGGUGGAGAAGAAGAAGAAAUAUUUGAUCUGUAGAUAGUCUAAAAUUAUUGUUUUUAUGUAAAAAGUUUCCUAUUAGUAUAUUUCGUAAUAAGUAUUAUAAACUUGUAUAAUAUAAUAUAUUAAACUAUGUAUAACCGUUA